ACUUGAUAGAACAGAAGUGGCUGGAAGGCAGUCCUGAUCUUCAGCAGUAACAUGGGUGUGUCAUUUGAGUAUGAGAAGGUGAUGCUACAGUCUUAAGAGAUCAGGAAAAGCUUUAGGAUGGGAAGAUUCCCAAGCAUCAGCGAGGACUCAGGGCAUACUUGAGCUCAAGGAAGGAGUCUUGGAGGAAUGGAGCACCUUUUUGUAAAGAUGUGACCAUAACUUCUUUUUGAACGUCUGUUAGGUGACGAUUGUAAGAGAGGCCCCCACCAAUUCCAUCCAGCGGAUCCACUCACUCCUGGAGGCUCUGGGAUGGGCUGAAUUCCUAAACUGGAGAGAUCGCCCAGGUGUAUAGGUAAUAUUUCCGCGAGAGAUCCCAACUGGGUCUCAGCCCAAAGAUCAGGAGCCUGUAAGUGGAGUUAGAUAACCGUCGGAAUGCAAAGAUGCACACGUGCCUGGUCCCGGCUGAUGGCUGGCCCACACGUGCGCACCUUUCCUGCCCUGGCCAGCUAUUCCUAGUGCAGCGCUGCAAGCAAGAACUUCACUCUCUUGCCCAUCGCACGACCUCAGGCUGGUUCUUCCCCCCUACCCCCAUCCUUGUAAAUUGCUGAGUGUGGGAGGCCCCGCCCUUCUGCGUCCGGCCUCUGGGCCGCGCCUCCCCCCUCCAGCCCCGCGGGUGCGGCUUCCCGGACUGCGCUGGAGGUCCUGGUGGAGAGGCCCAUGGGGCCCUUGGCGCUGCCCGCCUGGCUGCAGCCCAGAUAUAGGAAGAAUGCCUAUCUUUUCAUCUAUUACUUAAUCCAGUUCUGUGGCCACUCAUGGAUAUUUACAAAUAUGACAGUCAGAUUCUUUUCAUUUGGAAAAGAUUCAAUGGUUGACACUUUUUAUGCUAUCGGACUUGUCAUGAGAUUCUGCCAAUCUAUUUCUGUCUUGGAGCUGUUGCACAUAUAUAUCGGCAUCGAGUCAAACCAUCUUUUCCCGAGGUUUCUGCAGCUCACAGAGAGAAUAAUCAUCCUUUUUGUGGUGAUCACCAGUCAAGAGGAAGUCCAAGAGAAAUAUGUGGUGUGUGUUUUAUUCAUCUUUUGGAAUCUAUUGGAUAUGGUUAGGUACACUUACAGCAUGUUAUCCGUCAUAGGAACAUCCUAUGCUGUCUUGACAUGGCUCAGUCAAACACUGUGGAUGCCAAUUUACCCUCUGUGUGUUCUUGCUGAAGGUAUGUAUUUUACCUACAGUCAUCUUUACUCAGAAAGAAGGGACAUCCUCAGAGUUUUUUCCAUUAAAAAGAAGAAAAUGUGAAGCACAGCAUUCUAAUGUGACAAGAAAAAAGACAGGCUUGUGGAUUCAGCUGCAGCAAAUAUAACACAGGAAGUAUUGUGGUGGCAAAAUACCUAUGUUUGACAAAAAUUCUUGACAUGAGAUAAUUGCUCACCCCUAAACCUAUACAUAUCACAGCAGUCAAUGUUUUUCACUUACGUUUUUGAAAACAUAAAUUCUGUAUACCCUGCUUCACCAAAGCUGUGAAUCUUAUAUGUUACAUUUAUAUUAUGUGAAGUCCUGAUUAUUUUCCUAUAAGGUUAAUGAGAAAUAGAUUAACUGAAGUAGAUUCAAUUAAAUUGAGAAACCAAACUUGAUAACCUAAAUUACAUGUACUGCUAUCUGAGUUCCAAGAUAGCAGAUUUAUAGGAGAACAUUGUAAAAUAUGCUCUGCAGUUGUCAGAGUAACACACUCUAUAGACAAAUGUCAUUGCCUCCAGAGCUAAUAAUAACCUUAAAUUUUAGGUAGGCUUAGAAAAUUAAACAUCUUUCCAAGUCCCGUGUCUUAGUACAGGCUGCUAUAUCACAAAUCCCCAUAAACUCAGUAGCUUAAACAUCAGAAAUUUAUUUCUUGAAGUUCUGGAGGCUAGAUCAAGAUGCUAGCCAAUUCAGUUAUAGUGAGGGAUCUCCUUUUAGUUUGCACAUGGAUGCUUGCCUUAUGUAUCUUAACAUGAAAGCAAGAUUAAUCCUCUUGUGUCUUUUAUAAUUGUACUAGUCCCAUUCCAAAUAUAAUGGGAGGUUAGGUUUUAACACAUGAAUUUGGGGGGAACACAGAUUCAGUCCACAGUAUUAUGUACAUGACUCCACAAAAUUCAUGUCUUCACAUGUAAAAUAUAUUUAUUCUUACCCCAAUUGCCCCCAAAGACUUAACUCAUUCCUGCAUCAACUAUGAAGUCGAAAGUUUCAUUUAUUAAUCAUCUAAAUCUGAGGCAGCUGAAACUCAAUGAACAAUAUAUCCUAAGACAAAGUUCCUUUCCAGCUGUCAAUCUGUGAAACCAAACAAGUUAUGUACUUCCAAAAUACAAUGGUAGGACAAGCCUUAGGCUAGACAUUCCCAUUUCAAAAGGGAGAAACAAAAAGGAAGGAUAGAAUGACAGGUCCCUAGUAGGGUCAAAACUUAGCAAGGCACUCUCUAAGAGCUUGAUGUUCUGCCUAAGGGGAUCUACUGAAGCAGAGAUCUUACCCCCAGGUCUCUGUUGGGAGAGGUCAAGCUCCAGUAACUUUAGAUGGCCCCAUUCCUAUGGCUCUAGGCAAACUAUCUGGCCUAUUGAAACUAAAGUGAUGUUUACCCUUUUGUGCCUGUGUGUGUGUGGGAGGGGUGGAGGGCUGAUUUUUGAGUCACUGUCAGGAUUAUUCUUCCCUUGUUUUGAACAAUAGUUCAAGUUCUAGGUUACCUGUAUGACCUCAGGUGAGAAUUAUUCACUUAAGGAUAUUUCAGUUCUACAGAAAAUUAGAAAACUCUUUUUUAGAACAGAUGUUCCUAACAAUAUACAAAAGGAAAAUUUCCUUAUAUAUCCUUUUCUGUUAGUUUUUGAAAACACAAGUUAUAGUCAAAUAACUCUAGGGUUCCAUACUGUAAAACCCAAGAAGUACAACAGUCCUCGUUCAUUCUGUCCUAUCUCCAUUCCCUUUAGUUCAAGUUAGCAGUAUUCCUCUUUUUUCUCAUGUUUUAUGAUAAGCGGUCAGGAGGAAUCAAGUCAUUCCUUCUGCACUUUGUAAGAGAUCUCAGCUAAAUAUCCAGUUUUAUUUUCCACAAGUUUCAUCUUCCAUAAAACACUAGAAUAUGAACAAAAUUCAGCCAAGUUCUUUACCAAUCUAUAGCAAAGUUGCCCUUUUUUCUAGUUUCCAAGAGCAUGUUCUUCAUUUCCAUCUGAAAAGUCAUCAGAAUGACCUUGGUCAUCCUUAAUUCUACCAAAGAAUAUUCAAGAUUAUUUAUAUAUUUCCUAGGAAGAUAGGGGUUUCCUCUACAGCUCUCUUCUUUCCUUGCUCAGCCCUCACCAAAAUUAUCUUUAGCAACUGCUAAUGUCAAUAUUGGCUUCUCCUACCAUGGCUCUCAAAACUCUUC